GCAGCCCGCGUCAGUUUGGGAGUCUCUACCCCCUGGUGUCUGUGCUGUGAGACCUGAGCCGAGUCUCCCUCUAAGACUUUCCCUCCUUCGCGGCUGUACCCCUACUGGGCUCUGUGGCGCCUCCCGACGCCAGCUCCGGCGCUCUUCCUGCAUCUCCUCCGUGGUGCUUUGAUCCGGGGGACUUUCUAUUUGUUUUCUCCUCUUUCCUCUUUGUUGCUCUAACACCGGCCUCGCCGAAGCCCCCCACUCGGGAGGGAAUUCGACUUCUGGGGGAAGGCGGCUGCCACGAGCUACCUCCGCCCCUCCUGCGGACGCGCAAGCCGCUGCACCCACCCCACCUGCCUCACCCACCGCUUGCGUUCGUUCGCCGGGGGAAGCCAGCCGCGAGUUCAUUGAUGCACCCAUUCCAGUGGUGUAACGGGUGUUUCUGCGGCCUGGGACUGGUUAGUACUAACAAGUCCUGCUCAAUGCCACCCAUCAGUUUCCAAGACCUUCCCCUCAACAUCUACAUGGUCAUCUUUGGCACAGGCAUCUUCGUCUUCAUGCUCAGCCUCAUCUUCUGCUGCUAUUUCAUCAGCAAACUUCGGAACCAGGCACAGAGUGAACGAUAUGGAUAUAAGGAGGUGGUACUUAAAGGUGAUGCCAAGAAAUUACAGUUAUAUGGGCAGACCUGUGCAGUCUGUCUGGAAGACUUCAAGGGGAAGGAUGAGUUAGGAGUGCUCCCAUGCCAGCAUGCUUUUCAUCGGAAGUGUCUGGUGAAGUGGCUGGAAGUUCGCUGUGUCUGCCCUAUGUGUAACAAGCCCAUUGCUGGUCCCACAGAGGCCACUCAGAGCAUCGGGAUUCUGUUGGAUGAGCUGGUGUGAGUGCUGCCCCUACACCAAGACCUGGAGAAGACCUCUUGCCUUGCCUCGUGGGUGCCUGGUCCCUUUGCAUAGCUGCAGUAAACAAGACUAUUGGGUGGCAAUGGUCAUGCUUACC